AACAAUGAGAAAAGCACCGCAAUAUCAACAUGAAGCAUACCAAGAUUAGUGGUUACCUCUCUUGCAGACGAUUCAUUAAUAAUCUUUUGUCGGUUUUCUCCCAAGAAUCUGCUUUUGAGCUGCCCGCAACAGACAUGCCGCGAUUUGGCUAUAUCUUUUGCAGCAUUCACAGCUGGAUGCCUUAUACGUUUAUGCCAAUUUGUAGUCAUUAACGCAGCAGCAGAAAGAGAAGGAGUAAUUCAUAUAAUCUUAAAACGGCUC